UCGUUUCGAAAAUUUCACACGCAAUUAUUAUUCAGUCAAAUUGAUACUGAAAUAUUCGUCUCAAAGAGUUGUGUUCAACUGACCCUGCAUACAAAACUAGUGCGGAGCUCUGUGAGGAUCAACAUACGCCGGAUAUAUAACUUGCACUAUAAACAUGCAACAACAACAAGAAGAUCAACAACUGUCUGAGGAACAGAUUGCAGAGUUCAAAGAGGCGUUUUCUCUCUUCGAUAAAGACGGCAAUGGCAGUAUCACCACGAAGGAGUUGGGUACCGUCAUGAGGUCUCUGGGACAGAAUCCCACUGAAGCCGAGCUGCAGGACAUGAUCAACGAGGUGGACGCUGAUGGCAGCGGGUCGAUAGAGUUUCCCGAGUUUCUCACCAUGAUGGCCAGAAAGAUGAAGGAUGCCGAUUCAGAAGAGGAAAUCAAGGAAGCGUUCCGAGUGUUCGACAAGGACGGCAAUGGUUUCAUCAGCGCGGCCGAGUUACGGCACGUCAUGACCAACCUCGGCGAGAAACUGACUGAUGAGGAAGUGGAUGAGAUGAUCAGGGAGGCUGACAUUGAUGGAGAUGGACAGGUUAAUUAUGAAGAGUUUGUUAAGAUGAUGACAAGCAAGUAAAAGACAAGGAUAUCGAAUCAACGGUAGAAAAGUAUGAACUCAUGCAUAUACUGCACCAGUCGGGACAAGUUUCAAAGUUGUCUCAAACAAUGUUAAUUGGAAAGUCAUGCCAGCUACUAUCUUAUAUUCCUGGAACCGUUUUUUUAAGAAAAAAGAUGUUCUCAACAAAUGUUUCUUAACAUUAACAGAGGCAGGUUAUAACCUAUCAUAUGUGAAAUCAUACAGUAUCCUUCGGAAAUAUCUUGUUUGUUGCUCACUGUGUCAGUUUUUCUACGACAUAUUUUAUAGUUAUGAUAUGAAAUUGUAGAAUAAAGUGGAAAAUACCAUGCUAUUACUUUGUCAA